AAAAUUACUGCUUGCCAGUAACGGCCAUGAUUUCCCAGUUCUUCAUUCUGUCCUCCAAGGGGGACCCGCUCAUCUACAAAGACUUUCGCGGGGACAGUGGUGGUCGUGAUGUGGCCGAGCUCUUUUACCGGAAGCUGACGGGACUGCCUGGAGGCGAGUCCCCGGUUGUCAUGUAUCAUGACGAUCGUCAUUUCAUUCACAUCAGACACAGUGGUCUCUAUUUGGUGGCCACAACCUCCGAAAACGUCUCUCCUUUCUGCCUCCUGGAGCUACUUUCCCGGUUAGCCACUCUCCUGGGUGACUACUGUGGCUCACUCAGUGAGGGAACCAUCUCACGGAAUGUGGCUCUUGUCUACGAACUCCUGGAUGAAGUGCUGGAUUAUGGCUAUGUGCAGACUACAUCCACGGAAAUGCUGAGGAACUUCAUCCAAACUGAAGCUGUGGUCAGCAAGCCCUUCAGUCUCUUUGACCUCAGCAGCGUCGGAUUGUUUGGGGCAGAGACACAGCAGAACAGAGUGGCCCCAAGCAGUGCUGCCAGUCGUCCAGUCUUGUCCAGUCGCUCUGACCAGAGCCAAAAGAAUGAAGUGUUUUUAGAUGUGGUCGAGAGGCUGUCUGUACUGAUCGCAUCUAAUGGCUCAUUGUUGAAGGUGGACGUCCAAGGAGAGAUACGGCUCAAGAGCUUCCUUCCGAGCGGUUCUGAGAUGUACAUUGGCUUGACAGAAGAAUUUUGUGUGGGAAAGUCAGAGCUGAGAGGUUAUGGGCCAGGAAUUCGAGUUGAUGAGGUGUCAUUCCAUAGCUCUGUCAAUCUAGAUGAGUUUGAGUCUCAUCGGAUCCUCCGCCUGCAGCCACCUCAGGGCGAGCUGACUGUGAUGAGAUACCAGCUCUCUGAUGACCUCCCCUCACCACUCCCCUUCCGGCUCUUUCCCUCUGUACAGUGGGACCGAGGCUCAGGCCGGCUCCAGAUUUACCUGAAGUUACGGUGUGACCUACCCCCAAAGAGCCAAGCUCUCAACAUUCAUCUGCACCUUCCCCUGCCUCGGGGGGUAGUCAGCCUGUCUCAGGAAUUGAGCAGCCCAGAUCAAAAAGCAGAACUGGGAGAAGGAGCCCUCCACUGGGACCUGCCCCGGGUACAAGGAGGCUCUCAACUCUCAGGCCUGUUUCAGAUGGAUGUCCCUGGCUCACAGGGGCCUCCCAGCCAUGGGCCUUCUCCCUCGGCAGCCCCCUUGGGGUUGGGUCCUGCCAGCCUCUCCUUUGAACUCCCUCGGCACACAUGCUCUGGCCUCCAGGUUCGCUUCCUUAGGCUGUCCUUUAGCACCUGUGGUAGUGCCAACCCUCAUAAGUGGGUACGACACCUGAGCCACAGCAAUGCCUACGUAAUUCGGAUUUGAAGCUCCCCAAACAAGGAUAUGGACAGCAAAGUCAGCAGCGGGCAGUUGAACAGGAAAAGGACAUUUGCUUUCUUGUGUCUUUGGAUCUGGACAGAAGAAUCCCAAGACCAGGAAGGUUCCACGGACUCACCCUUUCUGUUGUAUGUGAUGCACAGAGGCUCACAAACUUACAAAUCCAGCUUUUAUUCUGAGGAACUUACUGUACAGUAUCUAAAAAGAAAGUCACUGGGGGAAACAGCCUACUACUCCCUCCUCCCUCACGCAUUUUUUGUGCAUGUAGGACUCCGCAGAAGAGGAGGUCAGCAGAUAUGACGUUAUCGUUAUCACAGAGCAGGUUGAGGGGAGCCAGGUCCAGUAGGCUGGGAGCCAUUAGCCUUUGGAGUCCCUGGAGCUGGAGGAGGGCUGUCUCCAGCGUCCUGCUUCCCCCCACAGAGGGCAUUGCCCCCAAGUGGGGAUGGUGAGGAAGAUGGAGGAGGGACUGGAGAAGGAUGAGAAGGGGGUCCUCCUUUGCCUUCCCCUGUUGGGGGAAGGGAGACCACGAUGUAUUUCUGAACACUGCCAGGACCAGCAGGGGCUGUGCUUGGGGGUGCUGUGGUGGCAGUGGAGACCAGCUUGACGAUGGGCUGCACGCUGGGAACUGUGGUGGUGACAGGAGAGGUAGUGGUAGAGCCUGAGCCAGGAGCUGAGGUGCUGAGGGACAGGACCUGGGGGAGAAAGGAAGGCAAGGCGAUUGUGUGCUGUCUACCUCACACCUGGAAGGCCUUGGUCAUGCUGUUCUUGCUUCCUUCUGCUCCCAAUGAAGGAUCAAGAUCCAGGAGAGUGCUGCUAGCUUGAACCCUCUAAGAUCCUGACCAGAGGCCCUCCUACCUUCUGAGUUUGGGCCUGGAAGAAUUAGGCCUCCACUUGGGAGGCUUCCCCAGGUGCCCCUCACAUCCUUCACCCAGCCCCACAUACCUGCUGAGUUGAUGAGGCACUGGAAGAUGAGGACAUGACAAUAAACUUGGUUGGAGGAGGAGAAGGCUGAGGAGGGGCAGCAGCUCUAGCAGACACCAGUGUCUGGACAGGCAAGGCAAUGGAGCCAGGGACCUUCAAUAAGCCAGGGGUACGAGGGCCUGGCUGAGGGGCCUGUGAGAGGGUCAGCGUGGGCCGAGGCUAUGAAGAGAGACAGGAAGAAAAUGUCACCAUUGAAGGGAGACCUGGGUUGUGCUUGCUCUUAGCUCUUCACUGGGGGUAGGAAUAGGGUCAAGCUCCCUGGACUGCUGGCUGUGGCAAGUCCUGUCCCAAACCUGCACAAUCCUGUGCAGCUCCUCCCUCAGCAGCUGACCUGUGUGAUGGUGAGAGUGGUCCUGUUGACUUGCUGAGCUUGUAGAGCAGCUUGGGCCCUGGCCUUCACCACAUGGGAGCAGAGAAGGGGCCCAAGGGACCCAAAUUCUCCCCUGUAGGCAUCCUGAUUGUCAGGUGGAGGGCGCAGCUUCGCCAGUACUGGGGCACAGUGUUUCUGCAGAGACGGCAAAGUAAGGCUGGUACUCUGCAGCAAAUGUGAGAGGGGCUCACCCACCGCUACAGUUAGAGGCCACAGUGAACUGAGCUGGGUGUGGUGGUUCCUGCCUGUAGUCCCAGCAUUUAUGCUGAAGCAGGAAGAUCUGAGUUUUAGGCUAGCCAGAGCUAUAAAGAGAAUUUUGGGCUAACUUGGGUGGAUGGAAUGUCUCAAAGUUGUGUAUGCUGGGGGCGGGGGACAAGGAGAAUAUAGCUCAGUGGUAGAGCAUUGUGGAAACAGGCAUGUGGCCCUAGGUACAAUUCCCAGCAGCACAUACAACACACAAAAAAAGGAAAUGGGAGACUGGAGGUGGAGCUCAGAGGUUUAGAAUGCUUGCUCUUCCAGAGGUUGGUUGCUCACAACCAUCUGGAACUCAAGUUCCAGGCAUCUUGUUGCCUUCCUUUGGCAUUUGUGGGCACCUGUACACACGGUGUACAUUCAUAAAAUAAAAAGGAUUUCAGUGGGUGUGGUGGUACACUCCGGUAAUCUCAGCACUCAAGAAAGCAGAGGCAACAGGAUUGUCACAGGGCCAGCAUAGUCUACCUCAUAAGUUCCAGGCUAGCCAACACAAGACUCCAUCUGUAGGCAUCAACAAAAAAAACCUAAAGACUGUUUCCUUGCAUAGGGAUCAGCUGGUAUGAAAAGGAUUUGCUGUAUCUAGUGACGACCUACGUGGGGUGCUCAUGAGCCUUGUAUAGGGUGAGACAGCAGGAUGAAGGCAGUGCAGUCCAGAAGUUAGGAACUUCUUAAGUUAAGGCCUCUGUUUCUGUUUGUGUCUAGCUUUUCAUGUGCACCACAGUGCUGGCCUCUGAAGAGUAAAAGAGUUAAGAUGUGCCUCGUGCUUGCUAAA